UAGGGAAGUACUCCCGUAUAUGUGCACUCAAACUCCAACUCAGACUCCCGUAUAAGGCAAUCACUUACACGUGCUCAUCCAUAUCCAUGCAGUGGUCCAGUUCUUGUUUUCUGAAGGUCCGCCGGGUGGGCGGGUGAGAAUGGGGUAAUCGGGCAGAAACCAUACUUCAGCUCUGGGGAGACGGACGGCGAGAGACGGACACAACAGACUGGAAAAGCAGGCUGGGAAGCAAAGUGGCCAACUCUCCGGUUGGAUGUGAGGAUGCAUGCAAGAUGGAGGUUGAGUUGGGGGAGUUGACAGAUGAGGAGGCAGCAGUCAUCUUGGAUGUUUUGGAAAGAGACAAAGAGCUGAAGAAGAGAGAGGAGUCGAGAGUAAGCCAACUGGCACAGACAGGAUGCGACCCACUGCGCCUGCGCGGUUUGACGGGCACAUGGUUUACUGAGGAGAGGGACAGGCGGCACCAGAGGGGCGGAGUCGACAUAGUACACGCAUCCAUCCGCCAGAAGAGGCGGGUCAAAGAUGUCCGUCUGACAGCAGUUUUUGAGAGUCGGACGGACAAUGAGUCUAAGCAAACAACUGACGAGGAGAAGGAUGACAGCGACGAGGAAGAGGAGGAAGAGGAGGAAGAGGAGCACGACACGGGUUCUGAAGCCCCUGUGCGUCCCACUCCUCAGCCAAGAACCAGAACUCCUCUCUUAAAGUGUGAAGAAAAUGAAAGUAAUUCAGAAAAUAAAGGGAGUGGUGAGGAGGAGAAAGAAGAGGAGAGGAGUGCAGAUGUGUCUCCUUCAGGGAGUGGUGAGGAGGAGAAGGCAGAGGAGAGGAAUGCUGACCCACCACCCUCGUCACUGCAGGAGACAGACUCUAUUGGCAUCUUGGAACUUGAUCCCAUCAGGAUCGGCUCAACCAGCAGUUUGCAGUACAAUACCAAGUGGAAUGGCAGCGUGACGAGUCUGAGGAGCGUUGGGGAGGUCGGGGACGUGGCCGUGAGUGGACAGAUCCAGUUCUCUCUGCAGUACCAUCACCACCGGGAGGAGCUCGUGGUGUGUGUGUAUCGCUGCCAGAACCUCGCGCAAGCUCGCAAAAACCGCACGAACCCGUAUGUGAAGGUCUAUCUCCUGCCAGAUACGUCCACGCAGAGUAAGAGGAAGACAUCCGUGAAGAAGAAAACGGUCAACCCAAUCUAUAAUGAGAUCUUUACAUAUAAGGUGGCUGACGUGAGGACCCAUGUUCUGUCGCUGUCCGUGUGGCAUACGGAGGCUUUGAGGGCCAAUGUGUUUCUGGGGGCCGUGGAGGCCCAGCUAAACCAGUGGGACUGGGACAGAACCCAACCCUGCUGGCAGUCACUGCAACCCAGAUUCCUUAUGGAUCCUGCCAUGGGAACUACCACAGGAACACUACUGAUGUCAAUGAAGUUCAUACCCCCUGGCUCUGAAGGAUCUGGCCUUCCCCCCACAGGAGAGUUGCACAUCUGGCUUAAGGAAGCUGUUGUCGUCUCCUCCAAACACAGAGUUCCCAGCAUAUUCGUCAAAAGCUGUGUGUUGCCAGACGAGAGCCAAUCAAGUGGCCAGAGGACUCGUGUGGUGAGACGGUCGGCUUCUGCGGUGUUCAACCACACCAUGGUGUAUGAUGGCAUCCACUCCGCUGACCUCACACACAUCUGUCUGGAGAUGACUGUGUGGGACAAACACACACUCAACACACACUGUUUAGGAGGAGUGAGGUUCAGCACAGGCACAGGUGUCAGCUAUGAUCAGACAGUGCUGUGGAUGGACUCAUCAGACGAAGAGCAGAAGGUGUGGAUGGCAGUCAUGAAUAAUCACAACCGCUGGGUGGAGAGUGCUCUACCGCUGAGAACCGACCUACAGCCCUACACCUGAACCUAACUGGCUUUAGGACCUGCAACCCUACACCUAAACCUAACUGGCUUUAGGCUUAGUUUGCUUACUUGCACUUUAGACCUCGGAAUGUCAGAUGAACAGAUAUGAUGUAUGAGGGGGAUAUAGAACAGGAAUGUGUCACAAAAAUGAUAUUCCUUAAGGAUGCAAGUACAAUAAGUGGGGCAGGUACGGUCACAUGUGGAGAAACAUACAGUAUGAGUUUCACCUGUGCAGAUAUGUAUGAGUUUCACAUGUGCAGAUACGUAUGUGUUUCACAUGUGCAGAAACGUAUGAGUUUCAUAUGUGUAGAUACGUAUGAGUUUCAUAUGUGCAGAUAUACGCAUGUGUUUCAUAUGUGCAGAUACGUAUGAGUUGCUCUUAGUGCUUUGUAGAAUGUAUCUCCGAUGUGUAAUUGUUGCUAUACACUUACGGUACACAACA